UUAGAGUAAAAGCUUGCUGGGUGGUCCCGACGUUCCUCCAGGAAUUUCCUCCCCCAAUCCCUGGGCGUCAAGUACAUACCGCUGCAAAUAUCACAUCUCGAACGUCAGUAGUAGACGCUUUAUCACCAUGCCGUCGUGCUUCAGCUGCCUUGUUCCAAAUCCGGUUCGCAAAACUGUGGCGAACGGUGAUACGAAUAGCAUCGACGUCGAGAGUAAGAUACUGAGGGCCCCGGCUCCAAACUUUCUAGUCCCACCGCCGAGAACAAGUGUCGGAGAAUACAUCCUCCGGAAGUUCAAGGCAUCUCCGGACUUCGUCGCACAGGUCGAUGCUGUAACCGGUGUCGAGGAUACUUACGGCCAGAUGUUGGACCGCAGUGUCAGAACGGCGAUCUGGCUAAGGAACAAGGGCAUCAAGGCCGGGGAAGUUGUCGCAAUCUGUACCCAUAAUCACUGCGAUACUGUGAUACCGAUGUACGCUACUCUCUACUGCGGUGGAGCCGUCGCACCCUGGGAUCCGAUCAUGAACUGCAAGGAUCUCAAGUACAUGAACGGGAUGUCGCAACCAAGGAUUGUAUUCUGCGACGAGGAGUCCGCGUGCACGGUGCUCGUCGCUCUAAGGGAGUCUAACAACGACGCUGAGGUCGUGGUAUUCGGAGAGCAUUCAAAGUGCACGUCCUUUCGCUCCGUGCUGGAUCUCCACACGGAUGAAGAUGUGGAGAACUUCAAAUGCUCGGAACUCGAAGACGAUUCCCAAAUCGCCCUGAUCGUUUGCAGCAGCGGAAGCAGCGGGCUGCCGAAGGGGGUCGAGCACACGCACAGAACAGUCCUGCUCCAGUUCGGCGCGGUUAGGCUGCUCAAUCUGGAGAACAAGACCUGCGCGGUGUUCUCGUCACUUUACUGGAUAUCCGGUCUGAUCGGCAUGUUCCUCUGCGUGGCAGGCAACAUGAAGCGGGUGAUAACACCCGCGUUUGAGGAGGACUUCUGCAGCCAGCUGGUAGAGAAGUACAAGAUCAACUGGGUCCUAAUGGGCUCGAGCAUUCUCAUUAGGUUGAUAUACUCCGGGUGCUUGGAGAAGUACGACAUGUCUUCACUCGAGAAGAUAUCCGGCGGGGGUGGCGUCAUUACUGCCGAUGCCUUCGGGAAGCUCAAGGCCGCUCUGCCUCAGACUAUCGUCAUCCUGGGAUAUGGGAUGACCGAACUCGGAGGAGCCGCCACCAUCCAGGACGCCAAUUCCAAGCCCGGAUCCUGCGGACGUCCAGUUUACGGCAUUGCCUGCAAAGUGAUCAACUGCUCGACCGGAAAGAUCCUAGGUCCGGAUGAGGUCGGAGAAAUCUGCUGGCAGAGUCCGUGCAUCAUGAAGGGCUACCGAAACGACCCGGAAGCGACCGCGGAAGCCAUUGACAAGGACAAGUGGCUACACUCCGGGGAUAUCGGGUACUAUGACAGCGACGGUCUGAUCUACGUACUGGACAAGUUGAAGGAGAUGAUCAAGUACAGGGGGAACCAGAUCGCCCCCGCUGAACUCGAAAGCAUAAUAAUGAAGCACCCGGGAGUCAAGGAGUGCGCCGUCGUUGGCAAGCCGGAUAAAAUUGACGUUGAACAUCCCGUUGCCUUUGUCGUUAAAAAUCGGGGUGCCGAGGUCACCGAGAAGGAUAUCGUCGAUCUAGUCGCUUCCGAAGUCAUCGAAAGGAAACGGCUGAAGGGCGGCGUCAGAUUCAUCGAUAAAAUGCCUCUGACUCCGAGCGAAAAACCGAAACGCACCGUUCUUAAGGAGAUACUUAAGAACGAGGGGUAGAUACCGAAGUACAGGAAACGGAAGAUGGAUAACCUUUUUACCGAAUUAUUUGUAUGCAUUGUGUGUGUGUUUUAUAUAUAGAUGAACGACUUGAGAUUGGAUUUAUACGUGUUUAGAAUUAGGCUACUUGUAAUUAUCAUCUUUGACUUUGAAACUUCUACUUCAGUGGUAACUCCUUAGCUCACAGACAUACCAGUUCUCUCCCUUUCGCAUACGAAAAAUACAAUAUCGCAUACUGGCUCAUCUUCGCCCGAUAAUACCCCUUUCUGACAAUCACAGUAUCUGAUUCAUUAAUGGCCGAGGUGCGAAAUACGGUUUAACAAUUCGUAAAUAUACGUUAACCAUAUUUUAUUUGACUGACGAUGAGAAUAAAAUUAGUUGAAUAAUAAUGAUAAAAUUCAAUUGAUCACAUUAGCGUACGUAAUGGAUUGAUCGUUUCUGUCAACGGUUAUACAGAUGUUUCAAUCGAUGGAAGAAAAAAAUUUCGAGUCGUUACGAAAUGUUCUUGGUCUGUUGAUUAUGUGAUU